AUUAUUCGGAUAUUUGAAUUUAUUUCGUUUCUGGCAUUAUCAACAGCAACAAUUAUUGAAAAAUUCUAAUAGACAUUAUCCAAAUGAAUUAUAUUUGGAUUCAACAAUAAAACGAUCAAUUUCAUGUGGUGAUAAUUUAGAUCGACAACAACAACAACCAACAACAUUAAAUCGUUAUUCAAAACAAUCAAAAAAAUCGUUCCGUAAUUUAUCGGGAACGAUACCUUUAAAAUCAAACACGGGACAAUUAUUAAGUUUUUGGAAAUCGGCGACUAAAUUGUCGUCGUCUCCUUCUGCAACAACAACAACUACGGAUUCUUCAUGUCCAUGUUGUAUUCGAUUAGAUCAAGAAAGACAACGUAGACAACGUUCUAUUUCAUUAAUAUAUCCAUCAUCAUCAUCGUCGAAUCGACAAUCAUCAUCAAGUGGUGGUGGUUCAUCAUCAAUUCGUCGACAUCAUUCACAAUCACGUAGUUGUCAUCAACAUCAUAAUAAUAAUGGACAUUGUAAUCAUCCAAAUCAUCAUCAACAACAUCAUGUCAAUCAUCAACGACAUGAUUUAUUUGAUCCAUUAAAUAUAACAAAACCUACAAUGUUAAAUAUACUAAUCAAACCAAUUAUACAGACAAUAUUUGAUUGGACACAAUUAACAACAAUAUUUUCAUUAAUUUGGAAAAUGAAAAGACGUAUUAGGAAAUUAUUUCGUUGGUGUCCAACAUCAACCGAAGAAUUGGAUGAAGCUGAAGAUAAAGUUCUUUCUUAUCUUAAAUGUAAUUAUCAAACUUAUUAUGUUGAUAUUGGUAGCCGUUGGGAUUUAGAUCAUGUUCGUAUAUGGACUAUGGAAAUUGAACCCGAUUCAAUGAAUGAUGUAAUGACAAGUAGUGAUGAUGAAAAUCGACAACAAAAACAACAACAACCCCCUGAUUUAUUACCACAAGUUGGUCUAGUUAAGAAUCAACAUUAUUUAUCAUCACAACAAAAUAAAUUGCCUGGUUUACCAUUAGUUAUGAUACAUGGAUUUGCUGCCGGUAUUGGAUUAUGGGCAUUAAAUUUAGAUGAUUUAGCAAGACGUGGUAAUCGUCAAAUAUUUGCAUUCGAUUUAUUAGGUUUUGCUAAAAGUUCAAGACCAAGAUUUCCAUCACCACGUUUUCCACGUAAUCUAACUGAAACACAACGAAUCAAAGCUGAAGCCGAACAAAUGGAAAGUUAUUAUGUUGAAUGUUUGGAAAAAUGGCGUCAAACUAUUGGUGAACCAUUAUCGAAAAAAUUUAUUUUAUUAGGACAUUCAUUUGGUGCCUAUAUUGCAAUGGCUUAUGCAUUAAAACAUCCUAGUCAUGUUGCACAUAUAAUAUUAGCCGAUGCAUGGGGUAUACCACCUGAAACACAAUCUCGUCAUUUAGCUGCUUCUGGUCAUAUAACAACAAGACAAUUACCUUGGUGGGCAAAAUUAAUUGGUCGUAUGUUUUUGGAUAUAUUUAAUCCAUUAUCAUUAUUACGAGCAAUUGGUCCAUGGGGACCAUUUUUAUUGCAUACAGCACGUGCUGAUAUUAAAUAUAAAUUUGAACGUCUUACUAAAGGUUCAGAUUAUUUACCAUGGAAAAGAUUUUCUGUUGCUGAACAAGCUGAAAAUCCACCACCAUUAGAAAGUAGUGAUGAACUUUCAUCAGAUGAAUUAGAUUCAAUGGAAGAUAAUCAAAUGGAUGAAAAUGGUAAACCAUCACAUAAACAUUUAUCGUCGAAAAAUAAACAAAAAGAUGAACCUUGUGUUUUUCUUAAUUAUAUUUAUCAUUGUAAUGCACAAUCACGACCAAGUGGUGAAAUUGCAUUCAAAAAACUUUGUACAUCUACUGGUUGGGCACGUUUACCAAUUUUGGAUCGUAUACAAGAUUUAGAUCCACGUAUAACAUUAACAUUUAUAUAUGGAUCACGUUCAUGGAUUGAUCGUCAAACUGGUUUACAAGCUAAAUAUAUUUUAGCAACUAAAUCCGGUAGUGCUGCUGGUGGUACUGGUGUUGGUAAUCAUCCACGUUUAAUAUUAAAUUCAUCCGAUGAAAAUAGUGAUCAUGAUGAUGAUUUAAUGGAUUUGGAUGGUCUUCAUAAUCAACAAUUACGUAGAUCAAAAUUAAAUAUUGAACAAGUAGAAAUACAUGUUAUACAAGGUGCUGGUCAUCAUGUUUAUGCUGAUAAACCGGAAGAAUUUAAUGAUAUAAUAUUAUCAAUUUCUGAACAAAUUGAUCAAAUAUUUAUACCAAAAAUUUCUUAUGGUCAACAAAAUAAUAAUGAUGAUAAUAGUGAUCAAAGGAUUACAACAUCAGCAACAACAACAACUGGUCAACAACAACAAUUAUCACCUGAAUUGGAUAAUACAGUACCAGCAAAAAUUAGACCUGGAAGAAAAUAUGGCAACUAUUUAAGACCAACAAAAUUUUCAUUACAAAAUCCUGAUGAAAAUCGUAACAAUAAUGAUGAUGAUGUUAAUUUAUCUUGAAAAAAAUGAUCAAAAAUCAAAAAUCAAAAUGUUGA